ACAACCCACCGCUGGCUUGUUUUUGACGAGUCAUUUUCGUCGCCUCGCAGAAAACGCAAACUAAUAAAACGAAACUCACUGCUGAACGAAAAGAAUGCCGUACAACAUGGACGUACUGAUGCCGGAGAAGGACGAGCUCUCCGACUUGAAGCCGAAAGAUGCGCACAGUUCCCUGGACGAACUGGACAUGGAGGAUCUCUACGUGCGCUACAAGAAACUGCAAAAGACACUGGAGUUCAUUGAGGUGCAGGAGGAGUACAUCAAGGACGAGCAACGGAACCUGAAGAAGGAGUAUCUGCACGCCCAGGAGGAGGUGAAGCGCAUCCAGUCGGUGCCGCUGGUGAUUGGCCAGUUCCUGGAGGCCGUCGAUCAGAACACGGGCAUUGUGGGCUCCACCACCGGCUCCAAUUACUAUGUGCGCAUCCUGUCCACCAUCGAUCGCGAGCUGCUGAAGCCCUCCGCCUCGGUGGCCCUGCACAAGCACAGCAACGCGCUGGUGGACGUGCUGCCGCCAGAGGCGGAUAGCUCCAUUUCUAUGCUCCAGCCGGAUGAGAAGCCCGACGUUAGCUAUGCGGACAUUGGUGGCAUGGACAUGCAGAAGCAGGAGAUCCGCGAGGCAGUCGAACUGCCGUUGACCCACUUCGAGCUGUACAAGCAGAUUGGCAUCGAUCCGCCGCGCGGCGUGCUUAUGUACGGUCCGCCCGGUUGCGGCAAGACCAUGUUGGCCAAGGCGGUUGCUCAUCAUACGACGGCGUCGUUCAUACGUGUCGUCGGCUCGGAGUUCGUGCAGAAGUACCUCGGCGAGGGACCGCGCAUGGUGCGCGACGUUUUCAGGCUGGCCAAAGAGAACGCGCCGGCCAUCAUCUUCAUUGACGAGAUCGAUGCGAUUGCCACGAAGCGUUUCGAUGCGCAGACUGGCGCCGAUCGCGAGGUGCAGCGCAUUCUGCUCGAGCUGCUCAACCAGAUGGACGGGUUCGAUCAGACCACGAACGUUAAGGUGAUCAUGGCCACCAACAGGGCGGACACACUCGAUCCGGCAUUGCUGCGACCUGGUCGAUUGGAUCGUAAGAUUGAGUUCCCGCUGCCCGAUCGCCGGCAGAAGCGACUCGUCUUCUCCACCAUCACCUCGAAGAUGAACCUCAGCGAGGACGUCGAUUUGGAGGAGUUUGUGGCCAGGCCGGACAAGAUCUCCGGUGCCGAUAUCAACGCCAUUUGCCAGGAGGCGGGCAUGCACGCGGUGCGUGAGAAUCGCUACAUCGUUUUGGCCAAGGACUUCGAGAAGGGCUACAAGAACAACAUCAAGAAGGACGAGCAGGAGCACGAGUUCUACAAAUAGAUUAUAUUAAGUCACACACACUACACCCGCCCCAUUUUUUCCCCACACACUAAACUCUUCUUUGUACGCAUAGAGUUAUAUCAUUAAUAAAAAACAAUUAUCAAA